AUGUCAGUGAGAGAGGUAACCGUAGCCAUUGUCGGGGCAGGUCCGGCAGGUUUGGCAACCUCGGCCUGUUUGAAUUAUGCCAAUGUUCCAAACAUCGUCCUAGAGAGGGAGAACGUUUGUGCCUCUCUUUGGAAGAAGAGGGCCUAUGACAGGGUGAAACUUCACCUGGCCAAGGAGUUCUGCCACCUCCCUCUCAUGCCUAUCCCUCCAAGCUUGCCUAGGUUCGUUCCUCGGGUUGAUUUCAUCAACUACCUGGACGACUAUGCGUCCAGCUUCAACGUCGAGCUGUGUUAUAAUCGGACUGUUGAGUCCGCCUCCUAUGACAAGACUACUGGGAAGUGGCGCAUCGUGGUGAAGAAUACGGAACCCGUGCUGGGGGAAUAUGAGGCCUACAUCGCCAAGUUCCUGGUCGUUGCGACGGGGGAAAACAGUGAAGGAGUCAUCCCCAAGGUGCCAGGGUUGGAUGGGUUCUCCGGGGAGUGGAUGCACUCCAGUUUGUACGAGAAUGCUCGGAGGUUUGUCGAUAAGGAUGUUCUGGUUGUGGGCUGCGGGAACUCCGGGAUGGAGAUUGCAUAUGACCUUUCCAGUAACGGUGCCAAUACAUCUAUAGUUGUUCGAAACCCUGUUCAUGUGCUGACCGUAGAGAUUGUGUACCUCGGGAUGAGUCUGUUGAGGUAUCUGCCUAUGUCCAUAGUUGAUAACAUCGUCGUGUUACUCUCCAAGCUGAGGUUCGGAAAGAUGUCGAAGCAUUAUGGUAUUGAAAGGCCCAAAGAAGGACCAUUCUCCUUCAAAGAGAAGACAGGUAGAACUCCUACCAUUGAUGUUGGGGCUAUGGAUAGGAUCAAGGAAGGAAAGAUCGAGGUUCUUCCCGCCAUUGAAAAGAUCAAAGGUGAUGUGGUGGAGUUUGAAGAUGGUGAGAAAGCUCAUAUUGAUGCCAUUAUCUUCGCCACAGGCUACAAAAGCACAGUACGGAACUGGCUCAAGGGAGGUGAGGACCUAUUCAAUGCACAGGGAAUGCCCAAAGAGAGCUUUCCAAACCAUUGGAAAGGAAAGAAUGGUCUGUACUGCGCUGGGUUUUCGAGGAAAGGCUUAGCAGGGAUAUCGAAGGAUGCUGUGAAUAUUGCGAACGACAUCGUCUCGAGCUACACUUUUGAUAAUUGUCAUUGAUGCGGGCCAGGGUUUCGCUGUUUUUCUCAGUUUUUCAUUUCCCAGAGAAUUAGGUAUCAUUGGA